ACUUAAUCCUCCCAAAAACUCAACUCUGCACACAGAAGAAAACUGAGAAGGAAGAAAGAGCCUUGAGAUAGAGAAAACCAAAUCCUUUCCUUAACCUUCACGCCUCCAUUACCUCCCCCAACCCCCUUCCUCCCUCCUCUCUCUGCUCACUUUCUCUCUCUACCCCUCACUUCUGAUAAUAACACUGUUUUUUUUUUCAUUUCUUACUCUGUUUUCUAUGCAUUAAAAGUCCUCAUCAGUCGCUCAGAAACCUCACGCUCCUGAUUCGCUUUGUAUUGAGACUUCCCUAUAAAAUCUCCAUAAAACCCUUCAUUCCCACUUGCUCAAAGUACAAGUCUCUCUCCCCACCAGCCUCUUUAAAUUCAUUCCCACCUCCCCAAUAUUUUCCUCAGAAAAACAGAGAUAAAGAAACACCACCCUAACAGUCCCUUCUAAACAGAGCAACUAAAAAGAAACCCACAAAGGUUUCUCUCUCCCUCCCUCUCUCUCUCUCUCUCUCUCUCUCUCUCUCUCUCGCUUUCUCUAUCUAAAUCUUUCACUUUCUUGGGAUUUUCCGACAUGGGUUCGUCCAAAAAACCUCAACAAGAAAACCCAGAAUCCAAUUCCGGGAUUCUUCAAGGCCCUAUCAUUGUAGGCGCAGGACCAUCUGGCCUCGCAGCAGCAGCUUGCCUCUCCCACAAUGGCGUCCCUUCUCUGAUUCUCGAGAAAUCCAACUGCAUAGCUUCUCUAUGGCAGCAGAAGACAUACGACCGUCUCAAACUCCACCUUCCCAAGCAAUUCUGUGAGCUUCCUCUCAUGGGGUUCCCCGAAGAUUUCCCAAGGUACCCUACAAAAUCCCAGUUCAUUUCAUACAUGGAGUCCUACGCCUCCCACUUCUCAAUCCACCCCAAGUUCAAUCAGGCCGUCCAGACCGCGGAAUUCGAUUCCGUUUCUGGGUUUUGGAGGGUGAAGACUCAGGAUUCAGAGUACAUUUCCAAGUGGCUGAUUGUUGCCACAGGAGAGAAUGCUGAGCCCGUCGUACCGGAGAUUGUUGGGAUGGAUAAUUUUCAAGGCCCUGUUCUUCACACCAGUCUGUACAAGUCUGGCUCUGAUUUCAGAAACCAAAGGGUUUUGGUUGUUGGGUGUGGAAAUUCCGGCAUGGAAGUCAGCCUUGACCUCUGUAGAUACAAUGCCAUCCCUCAUAUGGUUGUUAGAAACACUGUUCAUGUUUUACCAAGAGAGAUGUUUGGGUUCUCAACAUUUGGGAUUGCAAUGGCACUUCUCAAAUGGCUGCCAUUGAAGCUUGUAGACAGGGUCCUAUUGCUAGUGGCCAAUUUCAUCCUAGGCAACACAGACCAAUUAGGGCUCAAAAGGCCCAAAACUGGCCCUAUUGAGCUCAAGAAUGUCACUGGAAAAACCCCAGUUCUUGAUGUUGGAGCAUUGUCACAAAUUAAAUCUGGCAAAAUAAAGGUGAUGGAAGGGGUGAAGGAGAUAACAAGAAAUGGAGCAAGAUUUAUGAAUGGACAGGAGAAGGAGUUUGAUUCUAUAAUCUUAGCAACUGGGUACAAAAGCAAUGUGCCUACUUGGCUCAAGGGUUGUGAUUUUUUCACUAAAGAUGGGAUGCCAAAAGCACCCUUUCCCAACUGCUGGAAAGGAAGUGAUGGACUCUACACAGUUGGAUUCACAAGAAAGGGGCUUCUUGGAACGGCUUCUGACGCUGUUGCGAUAGCCAAGGAUAUUAGUCAGCCUUGGAAGACAAACAAAGACUGCAGGAAUAAUAAUUCUUGUAAUUCCCAUGUUAUCCUACUAAAAUAAUCUCUGCAAAUUUGAGUUGUAUAAAAUGAAGGGGAGAAAAAAAAAAUAGGGGAGUUGUUAGAUUGUUCUCUGAAUUAGGAGUAUUUACAGGGGAUAAUGAUUUUAAUUUCACCUUAGGUAGCAAGGCUUUGUUUAAUCUUUUUGGGUUUGUAUAUGUAACAAUUUUGCUUGGGGGCUUAGAUUUCUUUUCCGUCUCGUGUAUCUUCCUUAUCUUUGUAGUUUGUACAAACAAUUUCAGAAAUAGAAGGUAUUUUUAGCUCCA